AUGGCUAACAAACGAUUAGUUACAGUUAUUGGUGCUACAGGCGCACAAGGCGGAGCUGUGGUUCAAUCAUUGAUCCAAACUGGAAAAUAUCAAAUUCGUGGGUUAACUCGUGAUGCCAAAAGUGAAAAAGCGCUGAGUGUGGCAAAGUUAAGUGAUCAAGUUGAAAUGGCGACAUGUGAUAUUAACAAAAGAGAAGAUUUGGAACGUGCAUUUAAAGAUUCGUGGGCUGUUUAUGCUUUGACUAAUUUUUCGAUUCAACCAGAAGUCGAAAUUCAACAAGGAAAGCUGAUGGCGGAUGUAACUGAUUCACUUAAAAUACCUUAUCUAAUAUUUAGUACAUUAGAAAAUGUAGACAAAUUGAGUAAUGGUCAAUUAAAUGUUCCCCAUUUCACACAAAAGGCUCUAAUUCGUGAUUAUAUCAAAGAAAAGCAUCCGAAUCUGAAAGUAAUCUAUGUCCAAUCGGCAUUUUAUAUGCAAAAUUGGCAAAAUCGUUCCAAACCACAGAAGUUACCCGAUGGAACAAUUGUAUUUGCGAGUCCAUUGGAUCAAAAAGCUACAUUGCAUAUAGGUGAUGCUGAUGAUACAGGUCCAAUUGUUCGUGAGAUUUUAGAAAAUCCUGAGAAACUCGUCGGACAAGAUAUUUGCAUUUGUAGCGAAGAAAUCUGUUUUGAAGAUAUCUCAAAAGUCUUUACAAAAGUCACGGGUAUUCCAUCAAUAUCUAAAACGUUAACAGAAGAAGAAUUUCGGGGCACAACGAGUUUCUUACCAAAAUUGAUUCAAGAUGAUCUUUUCUAUAUGUACAAAUGGUUCGAACAAUAUGGUUGUUUCGGAAAACAUAAAGAUUGGACGACAGGAAAGCAACUAACGCAUUUGAACACAUUUGAAGAUUGGCUGAAGAAAACUGGAUGGAAAGGUCAAUAA